UUCGUAUCCAGCUGCAUCCACCGAUCCCCCUCACCUCCCAACCAUGCACUGUAUAUAUUACAUGGGCAAAUCCUCGACUCGCUGGCUGACCAAGUAUCCGUCCAUCAUCUAUCGACGCACUGUCGUACAGUGCUGCAUGGCCAGCUACACGGUGCAAGUCAUGCCCUCCAUGUAUCCACAAUUGGACAGCCAAGACGUUUAAGCUUCGACCAGAUAUCCAUCCAUCCAUCCAUCAUGCCUACAUGCUGUACCUCUGCUGUACCCCACGCUCGCUUACCCCACCCAUCCAUCUACUGUAUGUACUUGGCCAUGAACAUCCGUUUGCUUCUCUCUCCCUCUCUUUUCGUCCCUCCCUUCGUCCCCACAUUCCUCUCGGAUAACGUCGCCUGCAUGACAUUCGGAUAAACAAAACACAAAAACAAAAACAAGAUAUCCGUUGCCUUCUCACCGUGCACACUCUUUGCCGAGGUCUGCAUGCAUCCUCGGACCCGUUGUCUGCUAGCACAAGAUCUGUCCACACCGUUUCCCCCCCGCACACAUCACGUAACCGGCUCAGGUGACUCCAUACGUGGAGCUCUUCAAAGAGUCAACGCCAGCAAUCAUGGAUGCUGCAACGGUUUCAUCAGUCCCUGAUACUAAACAACUGAGCCUGUCGGGCCCGUCCGUCCGCCCUCCAGCAGCAGCCGCUGCUGCUGCUUACUACCUGGGCUGCUAACCCCUUUUCGGUUUCAUCAUUAUUCAGCAUGCCCAUCCGCGUCCUUGAUUGGCUGUUGUUUCCUUCAACCCUCAUCACCACGUUUCCCCCAUUCUCCUCCACCCUGCCCACCAAACUUUAUUUACGCGCCUUGGAUGGCAGCACCCCGUCACUCUGCAAUGGACCACCAGUCGUCGCCACCAAACAGCGCCCGAGUCAACACCAGCCCCGUAGAAAAACCUAGCUCUGUAGAUAAUUCCAAUGGAGAAGAACCUGCUGUCCCGGCCCUUGAGGCACAAGGCGAUGAGAAACAACCAAGAAGCAAGCUCAAGAUCGCUGUCAUCAUGCUGUCCCUCUGCAUCGCCGUUCUCCUCGUUGCUCUCGACAUCACAAUCGUCACCACCGCCUUGCCCACCAUCGCAGAGAAGUUCAACUCGGCGUCUGGCUACACAUGGGUAGGCAGUGCUUAUCUCUUGGGCAAUUCAGCGGCCACUCCCAUUUGGGGCAAGGUUUCUGAUAUUUUCGGUCGGAAACCCAUUCUUCUCGUCACAAAUGCAAUCUUCUUCGUUGGCUCGCUGCUCGCCGCCGUAUCUGUCAACAUGAAUAUGCUGAUAGCAUCGCGAGUCAUCCAGGGAAUCGGGGGAGGCGGCCUCAUUGUCCUGGUCAACAUAUGCAUCUCCGAUCUUUUCCCCAUGCGCGAGAGAGGAGCCUAUUUUGGCAUCAUUGGCGGUGUUUGGGCCUUGGCUUCCAGUCUGGGUCCUAUCGUUGGAGGUAUUUUCACCCAAAAGGUCUCCUGGAGGUGGUGUUUUUACAUCAAUCUUCCUUUGGAUGGCCUUGCAUUCAUCAUCAUUCUCCUGUGUCUUGAUCUGCACACCCCGCACACACCCUUACGGAAGGGACUCAAAGCUGUAGAUUGGCUUGGUUCGCUCACAAUGGUAUCCGGCACCAUCAUGCUCUUGCUUGGCUUGGAAUUCGGCGGUGUCACUUUCCCCUGGAGUUCUCCUACAGUGAUUUGUCUCAUAGUGUUCGGCGUCGUUCUAAUAGGCAUCUUCUUCCUGGUUGAACACCGCUUCGCUCCAUCUCCCCUCAUGCCGCUUGAUCUCUUCUCCAAACGAUCGAACCUUGCUGCACUAGGAACCUGCUUCUUCCAUGCAGUAGUGUAUAUUUCAGCAUCUUACUUCUUACCUCUUUACUUCCAAGCCGUCCUCGGGGCUACGCCAAUCCUUUCCGGGGUUUAUCUGUUACCAACUGCCGUGUCUCUCUCCAUUGUCUCAGCGCUCACUGGCAUCUUUAUAAAACGGACGGGACAGUAUCUACCAUGCAUCAUUUUUGGGUUUGUGUUACUCACUGCCGGGUUUGGCACUUUUAUUGAUCUCACUCCCAACUCUUCCUGGUCCAAGAUCAUCAUCUAUCAAAUAAUUGCCGGAAUGGGUGUUGGUCCAAACUUCCAAUCCCCACUCAUCGCGCUGCAGAGUCUUGUACCGAAACGCGAUAUUGCUACCGCAACAGCAACUUUUGGGUUUGUUCGCAAUCUUGGCUCCGCAAUAUCUGUAGUCAUCGGAUCUGUUGUCUUUCAAAACGAAAUGGUGUCUAAACAACCGAUGCUCGUCGAUGCGCUUGGUGCGUCGACCGCAGCCUCAUUCGGUGGUGGCUCAGCAGGCGCUAACGUUGGUCUAAUCCAACAACUACCCGAUAAUGAGAAGGGAAUUGCCCGACAGGCGUUCUCCGAUUCACUAAGUACAAUGUGGAUCAUGUAUGUAUGCUUCUCUGCAUGCGGUUUGGUGGUCAGUUUGUUGAUCACCAAGAACGUGCUCAGCAAAGAGCAUGAGGAAACCAAGACUGGCUUGGAAGCGGAGAGCGCAAGGAGGGAAGAAAGAGAGACCGAGAGGGCAGAGAAGGCAGAGAAGAAGAAACAGAAAAGAGCCAGUCGAUCCGGUAUAGCCACUGAUGCUGAUGGAAUGAACAAAGUCGAGCAAUAA